AUGCACACUUCAAGCUUCGUCAUCCGUAAAAUCGACUUCAUUUCGCGUCAGCAGUGGGUUGCCCUUCAGCAUCCCAACCCGUGGCUGAGCGAGUCUUUCACCACUAACCAGGACCUUCUCGAAGCUGUCGAGAUCCUCGAGAUGGGCAUGUCGUUUGGCAAGGACGAACUUUUACGACCGUUCCACUGGUUGACGCUUGCCUACCCCCAGUACCACCUCACGCUCUAUGUUCUCAGCCAUCUAUGCGCACGGCCUGACGGUUCACACGUCGACAGGGCGUGGAUAGUGGUUGAGGAGAUGAUGCGGCAGGUGAGACGUCGUCAGACAGAGGACGGUCUCCUACCCACGUCGAAUUGGAACGUCCUACUUGUCCUCUACUCGAAGGCGCUGAGCCGGAAGGAGAAUAAGGCCGGGAACGUCGCGAGUAAUGGUAGGACUCCCCAGCAGAUGUCUUUCUCGAGACUCGAAGAAUCUGCGGGUGGCCAGGAUAAUGAGGGGAUAUUAUCUGGUUUCAACAAUCAUGAGACAGAUUGGAAUGAAUGGGCACAGUUUGUAGACUGGGAUACCAUGAUACACGAGUUUCAAAAUGACGGCCUGGGGAUAGUAAACUUUCUUUGA